CCCCCCCCGAGCCGACCAGCCGUGGUCCCCACAACCCCGAUCCAUCCCCCUCUCCUCUUCCCCUUUCAUCCCUCUCUUUUGAUCCUCCCCUUCCUUCUCCUGGCUCUGAUUCUUUGGCAUUUUUUUCCAGAGGCUUCGGGGGAAUUGCCAAGACCUGUUUCAUGCAUGUCCACUGGCGGCAGGUUCAACUUUGACGAUGGGGGGUCUUACUGCGGAGGGUGGGACGAGGGCAAGGCGCACGGCCACGGCAUCUGCACGGGCCCCAAGGGACAGGGCGAGUACUGCGGCUCCUGGGCGCACGGCUUCGAGCUGCUGGGCGUGUACACCUGGCCGAGCGGCAACACCUUCCAGGGGACCUGGGCCCAGGGCAAGAGGCACGGGCUGGGCGUGGAGAACAAGGGCCGCUGGGUGUACCGCGGCGAGUGGAACCAGGGCUUCAAGGGCCGCUACGGCCUGCGGGAGAGCACCGGCACCAGCGGCAAGUACGAGGGCACGUGGAACAACGGCCUGCAGGACGGAUACGGCACCGAGACCUACUCGGACGGAGGUACCUUCCAGGGCCAGUGGGUGGGCGGGAUGCGCCACGGCUACGGCGUGCGUCAGAGCGUCCCGUACGGCAUGGCGGCCGUCAUCCGCUCUCCGCUGCGGACCUCCAUAAACUCCCUGCGCUCCGGCUCGGAGCACAGCAACGGCACCGCCCUCCUGGACCGGGGCGGCGGCGAGGGGAGGGGCCCCGGCCCGGCGCCGGGGACGCUGACCACCAGCGUGUCGCUGUGCAGCUCGGGCAGCGGGGGCAGCAGCCCCGCCGUGGCGCGGGGGGGCUUCGUGCUCACGGCGCACAGCGAGGCCGAGCUGAUGCGGGGCAAGAGGAAGGGGGGGCUGUUCCGGCGCUCCAUCCUGUCGGGGCUGAAGCUCCGCAAGUCGGAGUCCCGCAGCUCGCUGGCCUCGCAGCGCUCCAAGCAGAGCUCCUUCCGGAGCGAGGCGGGCAUGAGCACCGUGUCGUCCGCCGCCUCCGACGUCAACUCCACCAUCAGCCUGGGCGACGGCGACGCGGAGCUGGCGGCGGGCGAGGACGACGUGGACGCCACGGUGACGGAGACGUACUGCGGCGAGUGGAAGAACGACAAGCGCACAGGCUACGGCGUGAGCCGGCGCUCGGACGGCCUGCAGUACGAGGGCGAGUGGCUCGGCAACAAGCGCCACGGCUACGGCUGCACCGCCUUCCCCGACGGCACCAAGGAGGAGGGCAAGUACAAGCAGAACGUCCUGGUGAGCGGCAAGCGCAAGAACCUCAUCCCGCUGCGCGCCAGCAAGAUCCGGGAGAAGGUGGACCGCGGCGUGGAGGGCGCGCAGAAGGCCGGAGACAUCGCCCGGCAGAAGGCCGAGAUCGCCCUGUCCAGGUGAGGCCGCUGCCGGUUCCUCGCGUGGUUUGGUUUUAGCUUCUCUUAUGGACGCUUUUAUACAACGAGGUU